AUGGGCAAGAUCAUCGAGUCCAUCCGCUGCGCGUCCGCCGCACGAGCGGACGACGCCUCGUCCACACGCCCCACACUCUCGUUCGAGUUCUUCCCGGCCAAGACCGACGCCGGCGUCUUCAACCUCCUGACGCGCGUGGAAGAGAUGGGACUCGCGCUCCAGCCGACGUUCGUGACGCUCACGUGGCGCUCGGCCUUUGCCGACGAAGCGCUGUGGCUGCGCAUUGGCAGCCACAUCCAGAACGAGUUCCAGCUCGACGUGCUCCUGCACCUCACGUGCCACUUGCCCACUGAAGACCUCAAGCGGGUACUCAAGAACGCCCGGGCGGCUGGAAUCCGCAACAUCCUCGCGCUUCGAGGCGAUCCGCCAAUUGGAGCGGAGCGCUGGACGCCCGUGGAAAACGGGAUGUGCAAUGCGGUGGACCUUAUUAAGCUUAUUCGAGAGGAGCAUGGCGACUUUUUCUGUAUUGCCUGUGCAGGGUACGCUGAGGUUCACACCGAGUCGUGGAACCACCCGGACCUGCCACCGUCCAACGAGGCGCGUGCUUUGGAUUUGAAGCGACUGAAAGAGAAACAGGAGGCUGGAGCGGAGUUUAUUAUCACGCAGUUCUUCUUUGAUGUGGACAAUAUGAUCCGGUGGAUUGCUGACUGUCGAGAUGCGGGAAUUACCAUCCCGAUCUUGCCUGGUUACUUGCCGAUCCAGAAUUACAGCUCCUUUCGCAAGUUUACGAGCUGGUGCAAGACCCGCGUGCCCGAACAAGUGCUAGCGGAUUUAGAUGCAGUGAAAAACGACGACGCAGCGGUUCGUCGCUACGGCACGCAGCUUGCAGUUGAGACGUGUCAGCGGCUGCUGGCUGCGGGAGUUCACUCGCUGCAUUUCUACACGAUGAACCUGGCUGCCACUGUCACGCAGGUGCUAGAAGGUCUGCAAUUGCUGCCUGCACGGAACCAGCGCGAGCUCCCGUGGCAGUCAACGCUACAGCGCUCCUCCAUCGAGGGCGAGCAAGUGCGUCCGAUCUUCUGGUCUAAUCGACAGGCUAGUUACAUUGCGCGCACGGCUGCGUGGGACGAGUUUCCCAAUGGACGCUGGGGAGAUCGCACAAGUCCGGCCUACGGCGAGCUGUCCGAGUACUACCUGGCUUUCAAACGACCCAAGCUUCAGCGCACUGAACUGUGGGGCACGCCACAGGAUGAGCAAGAUGUCUGGAACGUGUUCGUUCGCUUCAUUGAAGGCCACGUGAAGCAAUUGCCAUGGUGCGAGCAGGCCCUGUCGCGCGAGAGUGCUGUUAUCCGCGAAAACUUGCAGUGGCUAAACGCCAAUGGGUUCCUAACGAUCAACAGUCAGCCGCGUGUGAACGGUGCUCCCUCGAGCGAUUCUUCCGUUGGCUGGGGUGGUGACAAUGGUGUUGUGUUUCAGAAAGCCUACGUGGAAUUCUUCGUAGCUCCUGAAAAGAUGGCGCACCUUGUGAAAGUUAUGCGACGAGACUACCCACAGCUGUCGUUCCACGCUUUCAACCAUCGGGGCGACGAGCACCGCAACACUCCGCUGCACAGCGUCACGGCCGUCACGUGGGGCGUCUUUCCCGGCAUUGAAAUCGUGCAGCCUACGGUCGUCGACUCGGACUCUUUUGCAGCCUGGAAGGACGAAGCGUUCGAGUUGUGGCAGACGCAGUGGGCGUCAGCUUACCCUGUAGGAUCGCGGUCGCACGAGGUCAUCCAGCAUAUCUACGACACGUACUUCCUCGUCAACAUUGUCGACAACGACUACGCGAACGAUGAGUCUGACAUCUUCAGUAUCUUCACGCGGAUCAUCACGGAGGGCAUGGACAAGGAGCAGCUACGUGCACGCGUGCUGGAGCUGGAAACACGACGAGAGAAGAUGUUUGACACGCUGGCGUCAUUCCAGUCAUUGCAAAAGGAACAGAACGGGCAGCUGCGUGCUGUGCACUCGGAGCUUGCCAACGUACGCAGCGAGAACUUCCAGCUGAAGGAAAAGGUCCAGCAGCUGCAGGCUCAGCUCGCACUUGCGUCACUAUAG